AUGAGUUUGUUGGGAAGAAAAGGAGCAAAGUUUCCUCGAUAUAUGGUGGUUUUAGCUUUAAUAUUGGUAAUUCAGUUAUUCCAGUGGGUGGCGUGUUCAGACAUAUCUAAAUUUAAAAGUUUACCAUCUAAAGACAGGUAUGAGUUGCAUAGUUCGGUAAUAAAGAAGAGAAUUUCGUUUCUAGAGUUAUACUUAAUAAAAAGAGUGGAGGGAGUGGAGCAAACAAAGUCAGAAGCUGACGAAGAAAAUGAAUGUUUAAUAAAAUCAAGAUACCACAGGUUAGUAGAUUUAUUGACAGAAGGGAUGAGUUUUGAUGCGGAUUUUGAGAAAAAGAUAGCAAUGAAAUGUUUGAAGAAAAGUUUGACAGAAGCAUACAAAUUUUAUACUAAGUUUUUGGACACCAAAAUCAUCUAUAAGAGAAAAUGUUUAAAUAGAAUUUGUUCCAAGAAACCAGAGCAAGUCUUAUUUGAUAAAUUAGAGGAUCUUGCUUUUUCUACUUAUUAUCUGUUAUCUCUUAAUGACUUAAUAAAGUCGAAAGGAAACUUUAUAAGUUAUUUAGAGUUUUCUUACGAUUUGGAGCAUAAAAGCGAAGUUAUUUCUAUUCUAGACGUUUACGUGAAUUUAAAUUCUUAUGAAGAAGGACUAAAGGUCUGUAUGGAAUAUGAUAUGUUAAAUAUAUUGAUAUAUCCGAGAUUAGACAAAGCACUCGUGUUGAAAGACUAUAAAACUUUUUCUUCUAUAGUUCGUAUUCUGACAAUGAACAUUGGUAGUUAUGUAGACAAAUACAAAUAUUACAGGAGAUUUUCUCAGACUUGUGCGAAAAAAGAUUAUGAAAAAAAAAUUAGUUUAAUUUCCAAGAAGAUUUUAUCUUUAAUGAAGCUAAUUUCCUACGCAGUCCUCACCAAAUUCCUAAUUCUAGCGGAUAUUGAGAAUAUGGAAAUGUAUGAGCAGUCAUACAAGUCUAUUGUUGAUGAUAAGCAGCAAUAA